UCAUACGAGCCAUGUACUAAUUUUUGGCGUCGCGAAUUGGCAUAUUCUCAGCGACUUGAUACAAAAUAUAUAUGUUCGUUUUGUUUUUCUAAUUUUAAAUAAUAAAAAAAAUAAUGCACGACGUUGGUAACUUUCAAAGGAUUGAGAAAAUUGGCGAAGGCACCUAUGGAAUUGUGUAUAAAGCGCGGGAUACAAAGACAGGAAAAGAUGUGGCUCUGAAGAAAAUACGUUUGGAAAGUGAAACCGAGGGUGUCCCUUCGACGGCAAUCAGAGAAAUUUCGCUUCUGAAGGACUUGCAGCACGAGAACAUUGUCCAGCUGUUUGAUGUGGUUGUUGCAGAUUCCAGUCUUUAUAUGGUUUUUGAAUAUCUCAAUAUGGAUUUGAAGAAAUUAAUGGAUAAAAAGAAAGAGGUCUUUACUCCUAAAUUGAUAAAGAGUUAUAUGUUUCAAAUGUUUGAUGCCAUAUCAUUUUGCCAUACAAAUCGUAUACUCCAUCGUGAUUUGAAACCUCAAAAUUUGCUGGUCGAUGCAUCUGGUAAUAUAAAAUUGGCUGAUUUUGGUUUGGCAAGGGCUUUCAAUAUGCCCAUGAGGGCCUAUACACAUGAAGUUGUAACACUAUGGUAUAGAGCGCCGGAAAUCCUGUUGGGUACAAAGUUUUAUGCUACUGGAAUGGAUAUUUGGAGUUUGGGUUGUAUAUUUGCUGAAAUGAUAAUGCGUCGUGCCUUGUUUCCUGGUGAUAGUGAAAUUGAUCAACUGUAUAGAAUCUUCAGAACCUUAGGAACACCAGAUGAAAAUACAUGGCCUGGUGUAUCUCAGUUACCAGAUUAUAAAGCCAAAUUUCCUAGAUGGGAAAAAAGUAAUAUACCAGAAAUUAUUGUUAAACACGAAGCAUUUGAUCUAUUUAAGGCUAUGAUGGUAUAUGAUCCCAAUGAUCGAAUUUCUGCCAAAAAUGCAAUGUUACAUCCCUAUUUCGAUGACUUGGAAUUAGUUAAACAUGUAGAUUUACCAAGAGAACCUUAGAUAUCUCAAACCGCACCGAUUUUGUGCAUCUUAAUUAAAUUUAAUUAAUUAUUAAUGCAAUUAUAUUAAUGCAAUUUAUAUUAACCUGUUUCGUUUCCUAAUGUAGUUAAAGUAAACUAAUUUAUAACUGCCGGUAUGCUUAUUUAACUUUAUGUUGAAAUCAUUAAUUUAUACAUACAUUUCUUAUAGAAAUAAUGAGUUAAUAAACGAUGUCUGUUUGAUGAAUAUUGAAAAAUUUGCAUUCGUACUGAAAAGCCUGAAUAAAAUACAAAUUUAUGAUGCGACAAAUCUUAGCAAGUACACGAA